AUAAAGAGUAGUGUCGACGCGCCUUCCUUCGUGCGCGGAUGUCCCAGUUGUAACGUCAUACCGCGCCGCUUUAUGACAUACGCAAUUCAAACAGUAAAGCUUUAUUUAUAAACAAACGUUUUUGGUUCAUAAUCUGCUCAAAGUUAAAUUGAUUAUCAUGUGUUUUCUAAAAUUUUAAAUAUUUAAAUGCAAUUUUGUUGAAAAUCGAAAGUUUAAAACACAAAUCCUGUUAAAUUUAUUUAAAACACGUGUGUCAUUUGUCAAGUCACAGGAUAUUACCUGUUAUGUAAAUCGUGAUGUUGAGAGGUUGCUAAACAGAAGAUUGCAAUUUAGAUGUGCGGAAGAUUCAUCCAACCUUUUAUAGAUCCAAAAUUCAAACAAAUAUGUGAACUAUAAAGUAUAAACUUCGCUGUGUUAAAAAUGUGAUUCAGUUGCAUGAAAGCCUUAAAAAAGACAGUGAUGAUUAGACGUGGAAAGAGGAACGUGAGCAUGAUAAGACUGGGAAGAUGUGUUGCCUUCCUAGCCCUUGCUGCGUUUUUGCUCCCCUUUACCAUUCUAUUAAUGGUCGCCGAGCAGCAGUAUAACUUCACCUACAAUUCCAAACGGGUGUUCUAUCAAGAAAGUGACUUCUAUAAAAUAAACGGGACGUUAUAUGCUCCCGUAACCACACCUUUUAUUCGGACGCAGUAUGUCUUUGAAAACGGUACUCAUUCUGAUGGGCUUCUGUCAAAGGAGAAGUUUCUCGAAGUCGGAGCUAGAAUGGAGGCUAGAAGAAAUUACUUGAGUAGGGAAUGCUCGCGACUUGGGUUGGAUAGUUCUAGUCAAAAGGCGUCCGCGUGGGAAUAUCUCGUCAAUCGACAGUACCACGUUAUAUGGUGUAACAUAUUCAAAGCGGCAUCGACCUCAUGGAUGUACAACUUCAACUUGAUGGCAAAUUACACAGCGGCGUUUUUAAAUAGAUCCAAAGAGGUGCCCUUGGAACUAGCAAGGAAGAGGUACGCGAGACCAACUGUUGAGAUGUUAAGAAAGGCCCAAGCGGACUCGCUUACGUUCCUUAUAGUGAGGCACCCGUUAGAAAGACUGGCUUCAGCGUACAAUGAUAAGAUCGUUCAUGCGUGGCCAAUGUCCUUUCACGACAAGAUGGGGCAGAGGAUUGUAAAGAGGUAUAGAAAGGCAACAGAUUCAAAUCCAGCGCCAACAGAGCGGUAUCCAGUCUUCGAGGAGUUCGUCUCGUAUAUAUUGGACGAAGCGAGGGCGAAGCGAACCCUGGACAUGCACUGGACUCCCUACACGAACUUUUGCACGCCAUGCAAAUUUAACUUCGACGUCAUUCUUAAAUUUGAGACCCUUGACGAGGAUCAGAGGUUUUUGAUCCAAGUAGCGCGACUUCAGGACAUAAUCAAACCGGAGUGGCGAAACAGCGGUAAGGGAGCCAACACAUUGCAUAAUAUCAAUCAUCUUUACUCCAGACUGAAAAAGUCGCAACUGGAUGGUCUCUAUAAUUUAUACAAGUAUGACUUUCAGCUCUUCAACUACACGCUGGACAGUUACUAUGACAUAAUUCAAACAGAUGAUGGCACCACUCGCGGCUGAUCUAUAUACGAGUGUGAAUUAUUGCUAGUUGGAACCAAAAUGAAUAAUCAGUAUUUGUUGGUUAUAAAUACUAAGAAAGACUGAAAAUAAUUCGUGGUAUUUAGUAGUCAAUACUAAUUGAUUUACCAAUACCUACGUUUAAGCGAUAGUAAUGUAUGAACUGUGAAGGUACGUGAAAUGUGUACCUACGUAUGUAAUGUAAUUUGUUAUUGUCAAUUUUCCAUAUUUUAUCUGUGUCAAGAUUCUAAAUGGUCUGUUACGUUACUCUCUUGUUACCGUUUUGUUUGUUUGUUUGUUAAUAUGGAUUAUUGAGGACGUUCAUAAUUUUAUUGUAAUUAUUAUUAUUAACUUAUAAUUCUUUACGUAAAAGCUAUAAGUGUAAGUGUAGUCCAAUUCACUUCGUAGUGCUUCCGUAGAAUUAAAUUACCUAUAUAUAGGACUAUAGGUAAUUAAUAGGAACUACCUUUAAAUACAUCAUGACACCGCUAUAUUCAUUUGUAUAAACUCUGUUGGAAUUGCACUAAAAUUUCAUACCUGUUUUCAUAAGUGUGUACCUACACUUCGUUCUUAAAUAAUAUCACUUUCUUUAAUCAAAUUUCCUUUAUUUAACAGGAAUAAGAUAUUUUGAAAAUAAAUUUUGAUUAUACAUACUGCAUAAAAUGUUAGAGUAUUGAAUAUUUAAGAAAUAAAUGUCCUUAUCCAUGUUAAUUAAAUUUGAACGGAGCAAUAAAUUAUAUAUCAACUGAUUCAAUUUAUGAUUAGCUAUAAAAGUAAGAUUUCGAAACACAAUCUUGCUGACAUCAGACAAAAGAAUGAACAUGACCUGAAUAUGGUCGUAUUAUGAUCGUUUAAAAAUAUCCACUAAUCAAUAAAAAUUAUGUAUUCAUAGGUUUUCGUGAUUUUUGAAAUAAUAUUUUAUUAAAUCGUUCUUGUAAUUAGAUAUUAAAAUCGUGCUCGUUUAUGUUAAGUUUAACUUUGCCUGUUAUAUUUAUAAUACUACAAUAUUUUCUUUUGGCUACAAAUAUAAUUAUAAAACUCUCUGUAUAAGAUAAGGAUAGAAGGAUGGUUGUUACGUUGUAAAAAUGUAUGGACGAAUCAAAAAUAUGUACAUCUACCUAAUCUUUAUCUAACUAGAAAUAUUUUAACUGGUUACAUAUUUCAAAUUGCAUCAGUAUCGAAAAUACUAAGAUAAUAUAAUAUAGUACAUGCAAAAUGCAGGGUAAGAUAAGUAAAUGAUAUGUGGUUAAAAAAUUUGUAGAUAAUUUAAUAAUCGAUGUUAAACCAUCUCAUUAGCCGUAAUUCACUUUAAAAUGAACGAACAAACCAACAAAGCUAUUUCAGGUUAAAGUCAUGAACACCAGGUAUAUAACAUAUACAUAGAAGAUCAAAAUAGAUGCGUAAAGAUGUAGUAAUAUAUUUUUAUAUCGCCUUUAAGUUCGUUAAUUUAUUCUCAUAACCCAUCGCUAACGCACAUUUCAAUAAAAAAAUAGAAUAGGAUUUUCUUAUUAUAAAAUUGUAAGCGUUGCAGAAUAUAUGUACCUAUUCUAUAGUAUUUAAGCUACAAUUCAAUGUAACCUUUGCAAGUUAUGGGAAUCAUUGGAAUCAUUAUAAAGAAUUCAGUUAUAAAAAAAUUAUAUAAUUAAAAAAACCCGUUAGCAGGUAGCGUGAUCCUUAUUUCUUAUUAUGAUUAUAAUAUGUUGAUUGAGUUCAUAAAUUUUGUUUCAACUUACAUUGUAUUAAAAAUAAUAGAUGCACAUACAAUAUAUUUAUACCAAAUUAGUUCGAUUAAAUGUUGAAUAAGUAUUUAUUUAUAUUAAAUUCAUUAUAGUGUUGAUUUUUGACGAAAACAUACAUAAUAUAUUGCAGUAAUAAGUUGAUCGUUUCAGUCUUUUAUGGACUUUUUAUUUUGUAUAUAACAAUUUAAGAUUGACUUAUUCCAACUGCGAUCGAGAACAAACCUGCAUUAUUAUAAUAAAAAAUAUAUUUAGCCGUAAAGAGGUAACAUGCAAAAACUUUCUACAUAUUAAAUUAAGCUCAACCACGUAAUAUUGGGAAUCUAAUUUUGUGAUUCAUUUGCUCGAUUAUUUUGCUAGGAUUGAACUGUUAUAAAAUUGUUUAGUAUUACAACGAUUCACGGUCUAUUAGUAGAUAUUUUCUGUAUCAAUGAAUGAUUACUACAUAUAAAUACUAAAAACUAAAGUUGGAAUACCCUUGACAAAUGUAGUUAAUAAGAAACUACUUACGUAUAGAAUAAAUGAGAUUUUCAUAGUUGUAGAUAAUGGAAGGAAUAGACCAAAAGAAAUGGCCUAUGAACGUAACUGGAAUGGUGCUAUAGUCUCUUAGAAAUUGAUCUCAUAUCAGAAUGAGAUAUAGUGCCGUGUACUUGUUGCUAUGUAUUUAAUUAUAUAUCCCAAUUAGGACGGGUCGGUUGUGUUAUGUUGUUCUUAAAUAAAUUUUAUUCUUAGUAUAAUAGAGAAAUAAAUAAUUAUAUAAUGGA